AAAUUUCCUAACUGCAACGCUAAAGAGAAGAUGAAAAUACUGGUCUUCAAUAUUAGGUUAUGUAAUCUAACCUAAAAAGUCUGAAUUAAGAUAUUCCAUUAGUAUUAAGAAUAAGAAACUGAUCGGGAUGGCAAGUACGGAGCAUUUGAAGUUAUCUACGUUCAUCAAAGAUGUGCAUAAGCGGUUACGAGAAGAUUCAAAGAGUAUUGGUCCGGAGGCAGCUUGGAAAAAGCAUUGCGAGGAUGCAACCACACUUAAUCAAUAUGCAGAUUCCAUGAAGGAGUUAGCAACGAUCCAUUGGAAACAGAAUGAAGACAAGGAAAAGUCCAAAGCUUUCUCUAGGAUAAGCUGGAUUUACAAGCAGGCUGUGGGGUAUUUCAGGGAAGGCGGUUUGGAUUAUCAAAGGGAUCGCGAAAAAAGUAUAUCAAUAAUAUUAAAUAUUGAUGGUAGUGUAUAUAAAGACUUUGAAAAUGAAAGACAAUUAAAAUUACUAGACGUUGGAAGUUGCUACAAUCCAUUUCAACAAUUUGAUGAGUUCGACGUCCUUGCCAUAGACAUUGCACCAGCAAAUGAUAACGUUAAAAAAUGCGACUUUUUAAACAUUGAUAUUGUUGAUGGCAGUGAUAUUAAUACAACCGUUGAUACUGUGAUAAGCCUGAAAAAUGAAUCAUUUGCAGUCGUGGUAUUUAGUUUGCUUUUGGAAUAUCUACCUUCUGCAGAGCAGAGGCUUUGUUGUUGCCAAAACGCUUAUGAUCUUUUAAUACCAGAAGGUAUAUUAAUUAUUAUAACACCGGACGCUAAACAUGUUGGAGCUAACGCCAAGUACAUGAAGUCCUGGAGGUUUGUGUUAGCAAAAAUGGGAUUUAGUCGAAUUAAAUACGAAAAGUUAACGUAUUUACAUUGUAUGGUCUUCAGGAAGAGUGUAAAUCCAGCUGUUGCCCAGAGAUGGGCUAAAAUGAAUGAAGACAAAAAUGUUUAUGAUUCCAUUAAUAUACCACAAGAUUUCAAUAACCAUAAGUCUGCAGAUGACGUGUUACAUGCAUAG